CCCCAGAUCCGGUUUACUAUAAACAUAACCUAAACGCUAUCUAAAAUCUAAAAUGUACUCGUUAUUACAUAAAAAAGAAAAUGCACACGAUGAAAGUAUUUGGAGUUGCGCUUGGGGGCGUUUACAAAAAGAUAAAAAAGAUUCUAAAGACCCGGAUGGUGAUAACUCGAGAGAUUCGGUUUCUUCAGACGACGCCCCCGUUGAUUAUAUGAUAACUGGGGGUUUGGAUGAUUUAGUAAAAGUAUGGGAAUUAAAGGAUAAUAAAUUGGAGCUAAAACAUCAAUUGGAAGGUCAUUCGUUAGGAGUUGUUUCUGUAGCCGUUAGUAACAAUGGGAGACUAUGCGCCUCAAGUUCUUUAGAUUCAAGCAUGAGAAUUUGGGAUUUAAAGAGUGGAGAGAAAACUUCAUCUAUUGAAGUGGGACCGGUUGAUUUGUGGACGGUUGCUUUUAGUCCUGAUGAUAAAUAUAUUAUUUCUGGGUCACAUAGUGGAAAAAUUACUAUGUAUAGUGUUGAGACUGCUAAAGCGGAUCAAACUUUGGAUACUCGAGGCAAAUUUACUUUGAGUAUAGCUUAUAGUCCUGAUGGUAAAUAUGUAGCUAGUGGAGCUGUUGAUGGGAUUAUAAACAUUUUUGAUGUUGCUUCAAAUAAAUUAUGGCACACUUUAGAAGGACAUGCUAUGCCAAUACGUUCUUUAUGUUUUUCACCUGAUUCGCAAUUUUUAUUAACCGCCUCUGAUGAUGGUCAUUUAAAACUUUAUGAUGUGCAUCAAGCGAAUGUUGUUGGUACUUUAUCUGGACAUGCUUCUUGGGUUCUUAGUGUUGCCUUUUCACCUGAUGGUACUCAUUUUGUAUCAGGGAGCUCUGAUAAAACCGUUAAAGUUUGGGAGGUUUCAACAAAACAAUGUAUUCAUACUUUUAAAGAACACGGAGAUCAAGUUUGGGGCGUUAAAUACAACCCAGAUAGCAACAAAAUUGUUUCAGUUUCUGAGGAUAGAACUAUUAAUGUUUAUUCUUGUCCUAGUUAAUAAUUUUAAUAAAGGAAAUAAAAAUAAUCUCUCAAAAAGGAAA